CCUCCUUCCCCUAUUCCCCAGCUUCCUAUUGACUGUUGUUUGGUGAAAUGGAUUGGGAACUAGUACAAUUCAGUGAUUUAGUAUAGUUGCUUGCUUGCUUAGUUUGUAGAAUUGUAGUUGCCUAGUUGAGUAUUUGAGUAAUUGAGUAGUGGUCUACUGGUCUAGAUGGGGCAAAAAUAUUUGAAUGAUUGUCUAGUUACAUUCAUUGAAAGGGAAUUCUUUUUGCAAGCCAAGGACAAGGACAUCAUCGCUUAUUUUCAAAAUAUCAAGCGUCGAAAAGUUAAUCUCUAAAUUGUAAGAUUUCUUCCCAAUUUAUCAAUUCCUAUCAUUUUUGUAUUCCAUAUGUUUGAGAUGUUGGCAUUUUGAUAUGUUUACCAAUUUUAUGUUAUAUACACUAUAUAUUAUAAUUAUUAGUGUGUUAUACUAUACAAGCUAAUUUUUAGGCUUUUAGGUGUAUGAACAAAUUUUUUUUCCUCUUCCCAUUUCGAAUACACAAGUUAAAAAAGCUGGGCCCGCCACUGCUCCCUGCCCCUGCCCCUGCCGACCUAUGCUCAUGUGAGGUCAAGUGCUAAUUGGUGAAUUACAACUAUGACAUCAAAUGGAUCUAUAUUUCUAUCCACUAUGAUUCCUGAACAAGUGAAUUAGUGAAUGUGCCGCCCCUUCCGGCUAUGUGAGGUGAAGUGCUAACUGCUAAUGGGUGAAUUAGAACUAUGAAAUCAAAUGAAUCUAUAUUUCUAUCAACUUUGAUUUUUGAACAAGUGAAUCAGUGAAUGUUCUGCUGACUUGCUAUGAACUGUGAAGAUGGUAGUGCCAAUUGGUGAAUUAGAACUAUGAACUGUGAUUUGUGACUUCUUCUCCAAAGUUUGUGACAUCAUGGCUAACAAUACGUAAGCGUAUACUGAAGCAAUGACAUUGUAGUUUUCUAUUUAUUUGUAAGAUCUUAUGUAUUUGAACUAUCUAUAUUGUAGUACUGAUGUUUUCUUCCAUCCUUGGAGAGGUAUAUACCUCAUAAUUUGAGAGGUAAAAAUUAAACCUGUUUAACUGGUUAGAAAACUAAGUUUAUGAUUAGCACCGACGAGACUAUUCUAGUUGUUGUGGGGUAUAUAAAGGUAUAUAUACCUCAUAGUGUUAGUCCGGAGGUAUAUACCUCUUCUUAAUUAGCACAAAUAUCUAUACCUAUAAAAAAUGUAGGAAAAUGUCACAAAUUUCUAUAAAGAUAAGUUUCCAAUCCUAUUCCAACAUGUAAGAUUAAUUUUGGUAACUCCUUUUAUGGAUAGGUAUAUCUCAAAUACGAGGAGGUAUAUACCUCUCCAAGGAUGGGAGAAAACAUCUGUAAUAUUUGCAUAUUUUAACUUGCUUAUUAAGUUAGCCGACUAUUGUUGUUAUAACACUAUUGUUAUAUUGUUAUAUUUCUAAUUUUGUAUCGCCCUAUCACUAACUUUGAACUUUUUUAUAAAAUUUUGGUAUGUUGUAUUAACCUGCAAUUUUGAAGUAGGACUUCCCAAGGAAAAAUUCCUAGCUACACCACUGUCUGCCAUGGCACUUGCCGGCUUCUUCGACCUCAGCAUCCUCCCCGACGACUCCAAAUCUACCACCACCAACACUAGCAUAAUCGCCCGUGCCCUUGACCUCGGCUACUCCGCCGUCGCACUCGAUCACCCUCACCGUGGCCUCCUCGCUGACUCCCAUGCACCCAUUGCCUCCUCUCUCCUGCUGCCGCCCUCUGCCUCCCUCCACCACCGCCGACAUCCCUUCCUACAGUACACGCGCAUCACCCUCUCCCUCGACUCCGCCGCCGCCUGCGCCUCUGCCCUAGCCCCCUCCGCCGCCCGCCUCCUUCGCACCUAUGACAUCGUCGCUGCGCGGCCGCUCACGCAAGCCGCCUUCGACCACCUCUGUCAUGCCACAUUUGACCACCUUGAUAUCGUCUCCAUCGACUUCUCCCACAAGCUGCCCUUUCGCCUCAAGCUCCCCAUGCUCAAGCUUGCGCUGCAGAGGGGCCUGCACUUGGAGAUCGCCUAUUCUCCCCUCAUCGCCGAUGCUGCUUCAAGGAGACAGGCCGUAGCCGAAGCCAAGCUCUUGGUGGAGUGGACUAAAGGAAAGAAUCUCAUCAUCUCAAGUGCUGCUCACACUGCUUCUGAAAUUAGAGGACCCUAUGAUGCCAUAAAUUUAUCUUCUUAUUUGCUUGGCCUUUCUACCCAACGAGCCAAAGCUGCUCUAUCCGUCAACUGCAGGUCACUGAUUUCCAAGGCUCUGAGGAAAAAGCACUUCUACAAGAAAACCAUUAGAAUCGACAGGCUGUUACCAAAUAAGCAGUUGAAUUCAGCAAACUUCAAGCUUGCUGACUGGAUUGGUUGGGAUCCUAUGCCUCAUGAAGUAGAUCUGCUAUCUUUGGACGUUAAUCCAGAACCUUCUUCCGACAAAUAUGAAUUGCUAUCUUACAAAGGAGAACCGCAAUCUCUUGAUAUAAAUCCAGAACCUUCUGCCAAUAAAGAUGAACUACUGUAUUUACCCAUAAAUGCUCUCACCGAAGCAUCAAGUCAUGUACCUUAUGAUGGUGAUGAGUCCCUCUUUGUCGAGCAGCAAGAGCAGUUAAGCCAUGGCAACGAAAUCAUAUUCCCAGUUGAAACUCAAGAAGGGCCUGUGCAAGUUAGCAGAGGUGAAAGUCUUAUGACUUGUGUAUUGUCUACCUUGCCAGCAUCUUGUGAGCAGCAUAGUGUUGCUACCAAUUUGGAUAAUCCUGGAAACAAUGAAACUGUUAUGGCUCAUGAUGUGCAGACUGCUGCUGUCUCUUCCUUUGAUCUGAAAGGCAUUGAGAAACAUGUUGAAUCUCUGCAUGAUGCUAUGGAACUAGAUGGUACAGAGUCAAGUAAAAUGAACCUCAUUGCAGAUUUUACCGCUCCCUUAUCUUCUGAUGAUAGCUUGGUGUGUUAUGCUAUUCCAUGUAGUAUGGAACUUUCUGACACGAGUGUCGUGAAUAAGUGCCCUCACCAGUCUACUGGCUUCCCAGAUUAUGCUAAAGCUUGUACAGAAUGUGACUCUGGGUUGACCUCCUGUGAGAGGGUUGAUAGGAUAUCACAGGAUCAUGACAUUCUUUCUGGUUCCAGUAUUUACUCUAAGAAUAAGGACCUCUACUCUUACAGUGACAUCUCAGUUUUUUCUGAGACUCACAAAGAUUUUGCAGAACCGCUAGAGUUGCCUCCAUGUGGGAAAGAUGAUGAGGCGCCACCAGAUCUUGCAGCUCAAUUGCACUGUAAUUCAUGCAAGGAUGUUAUGAUGCCACCGCAAGUUAUAAGCGAUGAAGUAGAGCCAGUUGACAGAGGAGCAACUAUUUUAGUGGAACAUACUCCCUGUGGUCCAGAGACUGCCUUGACUGCUUUUCUUUAUGAUAAAGGAUCCAUUGAUACAACCAGUAAAACUGAUGAGUUGGCAAAGCAAAACUCAAACUCUCUGGAGGGAGAUGUUGCUAAAAUACAUGAACAACUACUAAACUAUUCUUAUGCUAGUGGUGAGGUGGAGAUAUCCCUAACUAGAUCAGAAAAGCGAACCAAAAAAUUAAGGUCGCAACAUCCGAUUUAUGUUCCUUUCUUGGGCUUCCUCAAGUCUGUGUCCUUUAAGAAGAAAGCAUCCAAGGUUACAUCCAAAAGGAAAUCAUAGCAACUGUAAGAACUUACAAUUUAAGAAUUUUGCUGCACAUGAAAGGAAAAUGAAUCUAUAUGCAAGGUUACUCCGUGGUGCCCUUUGACUUUAUCCUGUCGGGUUGGCUAGGCCUACUUGAGGUUGGUCGAGCUCAGUUGUCAGGAUAAGUCAACAACUCAACACGCGAUUCUUAAGUGGGCUACUGUAGGGAUUAAUCAGAAGCUGUGCCAUAGCAGAAGGCAGACCUGUGGUGGAUUUAGGACACUUCCAGUUACCUCACCAACAAAUUGCCAAUUGAAAACUGCGUCCUGGAUCUAGAGCAGCAAACUUCUGUCCAAUAGAUGGUUGAAAAACAACACAGAUUCCUGUGGAUCUCUAUCUUGUAGGCUGCAAUGUUCAAAGGGGACAUGAUUGUUCCUCACCAAAAUCUUGGGAGAUGUCACUUUUGAAAAAGCUUACCAUAGGAUUGCUGCGGACUUUGGAGGGAGAAUCUUAUCGAGGACCGUCUUUUAUACUUGUAUCUAAUCAUGAUCAGCAUUCAGUGAGCUUCCUGCGCAUCUUUAUUUUCAUUUAUCCAAUUUUGCAUAUCCUUGCCUUUAUGACUGUAUCCGAGCAUCCUAUCGUUAAUGAUCAGGGAUGACAAAACCUUGGAAUCAGCCAAAUUGGCAUAUCCAACCCCAGAAUAGUGAGUUUGGAUUCUUGCAGCAAAGUGGUAGGGCCUGAUGUUAAUUUGUGGUGAAUAGCAAUUUGAGCAAUAGUGCCAGUGUUGAACAAUGGCAUAUCCCCUGGUGUACAGCAGGGAAUAUGCAUGGUUGAAGGAUGUGAGUGGAAGAGGUAGGAGAUAUACCCAACUUGUCCAUGUCUCCUUGAAUGGUCUGUACUGGCUGCCUUGGCCGUAGUGUUGGUGUUGAGAUUGCCGGGUAGCUUGUUGAUUGUGGCACUUUUUAUACUAAUCGAUUGAUGAGAUAGAUUCUCUUUACGAGAAAA